AUGGCCGGAACUGAAGAUGCCAUCACCGAGGCGGAGUUGGGGAUGAAGAUGGACUUGAGCCAUGAGGAAGUUGUCCAUAUGGCAGAGUUGACCGAGGAGGAGAAAGUUAUCGAGAAGGCAUUGCGCAAGCGCAUUGAUGCCCUGAUCAUGCCACUGGCUAUUCUGGUCUACCUCAUGAAUUAUAUCGAUCGCAACAAUUACGCAGCAGCAAAGCUCCAAGGUCUCGAAGAAGAUCUCAAACUUGACGAUACAAAGUACCAAACCGGUCUCUCUAUUCUCUUCGUUGGAUAUAUUCUCAUGCAAGUGCCUUCGAACAUGCUCCUAAACUACAUGGGUCGGCCAUCCCUGUACAUCGGUUUCUUCGUCUGCGCUUGGGGCCUGGUAUCGGCGGUGACAAGUCAAGUCUCAAGCUAUGGAGGCAUUGUGGCCUGCCGAUUCAUUCUUGGUUUGGUCGAAGCGCCCUUCUUCUGUGCCAUUCUCUUCUAUCUGUCUAAAUGGUAUACCAAGAAGGAAUUGGCGUUUCGAAUGAGUAUUUUCUACUCCGGCUCCCUGCUGAGUGGCGCUUUCGGAAAUCUCAUCGCUGCGGGUAUUCUCAACGGCCUCAGAGGCCACCGAGGACUUUCCGCAUGGCAAUGGCUCUAUAUUAUUGAAGGUUCUAUCACAUGCGCUAUCGGACUGGUCAUUUGCGUCGUUCUACCCGACUUUCCGGAGACAUGGAAGCUUUUGUCCCCCGAGAUGCGCAAAGUUGCCCAGCGGCGUCUUGCCAUUGAGGCUGGCCAGGCCGAUGUGGAUGAAGGGGGUGGCAGAAGCCAGGUUGAGGGGUUCAGACUCGCCAUGACCGACAUCAAGACAUAUGUAUUCGCCUUGGCAUAUAUGUGCAUCACCGGAGCGGCGGGUUUCCAGAACUUCUUCCCGACAUUGGUCAAGACUCUCGACUUGCCGGAAACCAUCACCCUGGUGCUGGUGGCGCCCCCCUAUCUCUUCAUGGUUGUAUAUUCUCUUUGUCACUCCAUGGCCUCUGAUAGAUUGGAGAAGAGAUUCUGGUUCUUCAUCUACCCGAUCCCAAUCACCAUCAUUGGGUUCGUUAUUUUCAUGAAAACCGAUUCUUUUGGACCACGAUACUUCUCAUUCUUCUUGAUGGUCUUCGUCUUCGCCCAGAAUGGAACUCUCUAUUCCUGGCUCGCGAGCUCCAUUCCUCGUCCACCGGCCAAGCGUGCUGUCGCCUUUGCAUUUUUCAACUCAAUUGGAAAUAGCGCUUCAAUUUGGACCCCUUAUACGUACCUCGACAAAGAGAAACCACACUACCCCAUGGCUAUGGGUGUUUGCAUUGCGCUACAGAUAAUUGCUGGUCUUGCGGCUCUCUUCUUAUACUUCAACUUGCGCAUGCUCAACAAACGCCAGGAGCGUAUGGAAAAUGAGGAAAUGCAGCUUUCCGAGAAGGAUAUUCGUCGGCUGCAGGCUACUGCUGAUAUAGAGGGGAUUGAUAUUUCCGCUGCUAGACGGCUGCAGAAGGGAUUCCGCUAUGUAUUGUAG